AUGACAGACCACGCACCCGGCUCGGGACCGGCCACGAAGGAGCCCAGCUGCAUUAACUGUGGCGGUACGGGACACUGGGCCGUGGCUUGCCCCGAGCCCGUGAGAGCCAAACCAGCUGGCCUGUCUCGAAGAAGCACUUCAACCAGCCAUGAUCACGCCCGAGGUGGAGACCACCAGCACGGCGGAAGACGACCAGGUGCCGUUGUGACCAAAUAUCCAGCUCCACCCACCGGCAAUCCGAUCGUCACUCGCUACGGUCCGCCACCGCCGGGUCAACCCCUUGCUCCUCCGUACCCCGGCCCCCCGCAGCCCUACCCGUCUUAUCCACCCCCGCCGAAUGGCUAUCCGCCCCCGCCACCGGGUAGUUACCCUGGUUACCCCCAGUAUUCAACCCCGCCGCCGCCGCCGGCUCCUCCUCCUGGUGCUUAUCCACCACCGUCCGGCCCUCCCGUGUCAUCGGGGCCGUAUCACUACCCAGUUCCCAGUCAGUAUGGCGGUUCUCCGCCAGGACCUCCUGGGCCUCCCCCCCCUUCUUAUCAACCACCGCCGCAUUAUCCUUCCGGCGGUUCAUAUCCUCCCUCAUACUCUCCUCCGUCUGGAUAUCAUCCUGCCCCUGCCCCUCCCUCUUCCAGUCACUACCCUCCGCCAUAUAAUUCCACAUCCACGUCGCCAGGAGGCUACUCUUCAUCCACAUACGGGCCACCACCAGUUCAGCCGCUUUAUGGAGCCCAACCAGGACCUCCUCCACCCCCGCCUUCAUAUGCCCAGCCAUACGGACCACCUGAACCUGGAUACGGGCCUUUGCCUUCCCUACCCGCUCCUCCGCGUACUAUACCGCCUCGUCUACCUCCAGGCCUGCCUUCAGGCCUACCACCAAUCCCUCCUCACCGGAAUCAGUUGCCGCGAGAUCGGCAUGGACGGCAGCGCCAAGGCCACAACAACCGACCAGACCGCUCCCGCAAGACCAACAAGCAUGGCAACCCUAAACGCGAUACAUCACAACCCAAGUCGAAAAUGGGCGGCACAAAAGAGAAGCAGGUGCCAGCCCGAGUCGAGUCCGAGCCGAAAGUCUUGAAGACAACACCAGUACCAAGCACGACGCCUGAAAGCCGACACGUUAACACGGUCUCUGAAGAAGGCGUAGAUGAUGACGAAGCUGAUUGGAAGUGGGAGGAGGAGAUGAUAUUCAAAGAGACGGACAAACCCCACCAGCCAGACCCAAUAGCGAAGCCACUCCCUGGCCCAGAAGGGUACCACGAUAACAUCAUGUUGCCUCCAGCAUGGAACGCGACUUGCAUUCAGUCUGAAUUUGUCACGGAAGAGAACCUCGUGGAGUUUUCGCGGCCCGUCCGAGAGACCGAGCGCUUUGUAUCUCUGCAACUUGACCCAGCUUUCUGGAGAAGUCCAGUUGAUUCAAUGAUAGUCAAGCAACAACCUGAGGUGCGGGAUAAGCCCAUCACGUUCAAAUCUGUUCGACUACCCGGCUUCCCUUCCCUACCACCAAAACCACCAACCCCGGAGAACCGCGACUACCGACCGAUGAACAGCCGCAAACGUACGUGGGAAGACUCGCCAUACAAGAGCUCGCUCGCCACAGGUAACCAAGAGGGUGGCGAGUGGGCAGAUCACCGCUACAAACGACACAGAGGCGACUCGCACUCAGGCUACGAUACCGCAUCACCCCACAACCGAAGGACCAGGGAAGACUCUCGUACAAUUGACCGAUACCGCUCUCAAAAGCCAGAUCGUAUCGAUUCUGAUCCCGCUCAAAUGCUCCUGAAAUCCCUGGAAGAUCCCCACGACGCCGGUCCUUCCAGACGACAUGACGGAGAGAAGCCAUCGAUUCGCCAGGACUCCGGCUAUUAUGGCUCUCGACACGCGCGACAUCAUACCUCAACCAACAGUACGCGCGAAGGAGGGCGGACAUCGCCACCGUCAGGAACAUCCCCGCCAGAGAGAAACCCUCGGGGCAGAAACAGUUCGAGGUCUCGGUCCCGUUCGCGUCGUUCCCCUCGCCGCGGGUCACAUAGCAGCCAAGCCGAAUCACGCCCAGCAUCUAGGCAAUCUGUGGCCUCAUUCGCGUCCCAUGGCACCGAAGAUUCCGAGCUGUCGGCCCUCGAAGCCGAACUUCUGGGCAUCGCUCCUAAAUCAAAAGAGGGCACGGAAGGCAAGCUUGGAGACCACGCCACCAAGAUCCGCAAGCGCGUGCAAAAGGUCGACUCGGCUUACGGCCGUCGGUGGUAA